AUGACAAACGUCAUCUUUAGUCUAUUCCUAUCUAUCUAUCUAUCUAUCUCUUCUCAUUCUAUUCUUAUCUAUCUAUUCUCAGUCUAUUCCUAUCUAUUUAUCUGUCUAUUCUCAGUUUAUUCCUAUCUAUUUAUCUAUCUAUCUAUCUAUUCUAUGUCUACUCCUAUCUAUCUAACUAUCUAUCUAUUCUCAGUCUAUUCCUAUCUAUCUAUCUAUCUAUCUCUUCUCAGUCUAUUCCUAUGUAUCUAUCUCUCUCUUCUCAGUCUAUUCCUAUCUAUCUAUCUAUCUCUUCUCAGUCUAUUCCUAUGUAUCUAUCUCUCUCUUCUCAGUCUAUUCCUAUCUAUCUAUCUAUCUCUUCUCAGUCUAUUCCUAUCUAUCUAUCUCUCUCUUCUCAGUCUAUUCCUAUCUAUCUAUCUCUCUCUUCUCAGUCUAUUCUUAUCUAUCUAUUCUCAUUUAUUCCUAUCUAUUUAUCUAUCUAUCUAUUCUAAGUCUAUUCCUAUCUAUCUGUUCUAUGUCUACUCCUAUCUAUCUAACUAUCUAUCUAUUCUCAGUCUAUUCCUAUCUAUCUAUCUAUCUUUUUCUCGGUUUAUUCCUAUCUAUCUAUUCUCAGUCUAUUCCUAUCUAUUUAUCUAUCUAUCCAUUCUCAGUUUAUUUCUAUCUAUUCUAAGUCUAUUCCUAUCUAUUUAUCUAUCUAUCUCUUCUCAGUCUAUUCUUAUCUAUCUAUUCUCUUAG